AUCAUCUACUAUUCAGAGUCAACUGUAUCAUUAUGGUCAAGCGCAAAAUUGACAACAGAAUACGUACCCUCAUAGAAAAUGGAGUGGCACUUGGACACAGAACUCUUGUUGUGUUGGUUGGAGACAAGAGUAGAGAUCAAGUUGUUUACCUACAUCACAUGUUGUCCAAGAGCAGCAUGAAGCAGGCAUCCGUGUUGUGGUGCUACAAAAAGGAACUAGCUUUCUCCAGCCACCGCAAGAAGAGGAUGAAGCAGCUGAAAGCACGCCAGAAAUCAGGCCAGGCUGAGGUCAAUGAGGAUGAUCCCUUUGAGAUGUUCAUGUCCAUGACGGAGAUCCGGUAUUGCUACUACAAGGAGACACACAAGAUCCUUGGUAACACAUUUAGAAUGUGUGUCUUGCAGGACUUCGAAGCCCUCACCCCAAACAUUCUGUGCCGAACCAUGGAGACCAUCGAGGGUGGCGGAGUCAUUACAAUUCUCCUGCAGAGCAUGACAUCACUAAGGCAGCUAUAUGCUAUGAACAUGGAUGUACACUCUCGCUACCGCACAGAAGCACAUCAGCAUGUUGUGCCGAGAUUUAAUGAACG